GGACUCCAGCACCGGACGAUUUCUGAAGCCGGAAGGUACCCAGGGCUCAGCUAUGCCAAAUUAGGGAUCUUUCCCAGUCUGGUGACUUGACUUAACUUUGAAAGGGUGGAGCUGUGAGAGAUAGAAAGGCUGCCACCACCACCACCACUGGAACACGGAAGCGCUUCUGUAGUUUGAGAGGUGCUCAGCCCUUCCUCAAAACUGCUGCAUUUGUGAGAGUCUGGACUUAUUUCUUGAGGUUAGAACUUCAGCCUAGUAAGCAUGGACGGUUACCGCACAUUUCUGUACAACGUUGCAGAGGAAUUAGACAAACAAGAUCUGGCUGCUCUGAAAUUCCUCUGUUUGGAUCAUAUCCCAUUGAAGAAGCAGGGACUUAUCGAGGAUGCUGUCUCUCUCUUCAAGAUACUUGAGGAAAAGGGUUUGUUGGAGGAGGACGAUCUGUCCUUCUUGAAGGAGUUACUCUACCACACAAACCGAAUAGAUCUACUCAUAAACCACCUGAACACUAACAAAAUGGAGGUGCAACAUCAAAUCCUAACCAAAUCCCAGGUUUCCCCUUACAGGGUGCUGCUUUUUAAUCUUUCAGAAGAUGUGGCAAAAUUUGAAUUGAAAAAUAUCAAAUUUAUUUUGAGCUACAAGAUUCCCAAAUGCAAACUAGAAGAUGAUAUGACCUUGAUUGAUAUUUUCAUUGAGAUGGAGAAACGGGGACUUCUAGGAGAAGAAAACCUGGAUGACCUGAAGGCAGUUUGUGAUGUCAUUGAUAAGAAUCUAUUGAAGAAAAUCAAAGACUUCGAAUCCAGCAGAGUGCAAAGAAGCACAGAAAGAGUUCCAGUGGAGAUCCAGGAUGUUGAAGAAAUGAGCGAUCUUCAGGCAACAUCUAAAGAUUCUCCAGGAGAAAAGAUCCAGGAUAAAGCCUACAAAAUGAGCAGCAAGCCUCGGGGAUACUGUUUGAUCAUCAGCAACUUUGACUUCCAAAGAGCCCGGAUGGGAAGGCUUGAGAAUCAGAACCUAAAGGACAGGAAAGGGACUGAUGUAGAUGAAGCUGUUCUGCAAAGUACAUUUAAGGAGCUUCAUUUUGAAAUUGUGAUUUUGCAAGAUCGAACAGCGGAGCAAAUCCACCAGGACCUACAGAACUUUCAGGAAAAGAACCACGAAGACAAAGAUUGCUUUGUUUGCUGCCUCCUGUCCCAUGGUGAUAGAGGCACCAUCUAUGGCAUCGAUGGGCAGGAGGUGGCCAUUAAGGAUCUAACAUCAUAUUUCUCUAGUUCUAAGUGCCCAUCCCUUGCUGGUAAACCCAAAGUAUUUUUUAUUCAAGCUUGCCAAGGCAAGGCCAUCCAGAGUGGGAUUACCCUCGAUACAGAUUCUGAGCAGCAAAGGGAAUCUCUGGAAACAGAUACAUUGCUUCAGAGUGAAGUCAUUCCAGAUGAGGCCGACUUUUUGCUUGGGAUGGCAACUGUGGAGAAUCACAUCUCGUACCGACACCCAAUACAGGGAACGUGGUACAUACAGUCACUUUGCAGGAAUCUGAAGGAAAGAUGUCCUCGAGGAGAGGAUAUUCUCGACAUCCUGACAGAAGUGAACUAUGAAGUAAGCAAAAACAUUGACUGGAAGAACAAAGGGACACAAAUGCCCCAACCUAAAUAUACCCUCAGGAAAAAACUUUUCUUUCCCAUUAAGUAAAAUUGCUAGCACUACAUUGUUAACACUAGUAGAAUCUAUUUAUUUGAUUUAAAGUUUUUUUUGUUUUGUUUUGUUUUUUUUUGGCAAUGGGGGUUAAGUGACUUGCCCAGGGUCACACAGCUAGUAAGUGUCAAGUGUCUGAGGCCAGAUUUGAACUCAGGUACUCCUGACUCCAGGGCCGGUGCUCUAACCACUGCACCACCUAGCUGCCCCGAUUUAAAGUUUUUUUAAUGCACUUUUAUUAAGUUUUAAAAGAAACAUAAUUUUAAUUAUGUAUUCAUCAAAUAAAAGACAUU